AUGACCCGCGCCAGCCGUCCCGCGCGCCCCUCGAACUAUGCGCACCGCAAGUGGAGCGUCGACGAGACAGUCCACGUCGACGACGGCAACGAGCACAUGUGGAUCAGCAGUCCCCACACGCUCACCGCAGGGCUGCUGCUCAUGCUGUGGCUCGUGUACGCCGCGUUCCACGAGCCCAUCGCGGCGCACGACGACGACCCCAUGGAGCGCGUGCUGACGGACGUGAAGCGCGGCAUGAAGUACGCGAGCGUCUUCUUCCUCACGUACUGCAGUCUGCAGCUCCCCGACGGCCACUGGGGGCGCCCCCACCCCCUCGUCUGGCGCCUCGUCACGGGGCUCUUUAUCCUCUACGAGAUGCUCCUCAUUGUGCUCUUGUUCCUCCAGACAAACGACGCGCGGCAGUUUAUGAAAGUGCUGGACGCGGCACUGGGCGUCCAGUUGCCCGAGACGUCGUACGCGACCGACUGCCGCCUCUACACGCCCGACGAUCCGCACUCGUCGCUCGCGAACGUCCGCGCGACGCUCUAUGACCGGUUCGUCGUCAUGCACUUUGUCGGGUGGAUCGUCGGCGCGAUUAUGGUGCGCAGCAAACUCAUCUCGUGGAUCCUGAGCGUCAUGUUUGAGCUCUACGAGAUCACGUUUAGCCACUGGCUCGCAAACUUUAACGAGUGCUGGUGGGACCACGUGUUCCUCGACAUUCUCCUGUGCAAUGCCGCAGGCAUUUACUUGGGCAUGAAAGUGUGCCACUAUUUUGAAAUGCGGCGGUUCAACUGGGUAGGGAUCCGGAAAAUACCCAACUUGACGGGCAAAGCCAAGCGCGCGCUGGCUCAGUUUACGCCAGCGUACUGGAUGGCGUACGACUGGAAGAUCUUUCGCUCGGCUGAACGCUUUUGGCGCGUGAUGUUGAUGGUCGCGAUUUUGUCCGUCAUGAUGCUCAACUCGUUUUUUCUCAAGACAGUGCUCUGGGUGCCUGCGAGCAGCAAUGUCAACAUUUACCGCCUGGCGGUCUGGUACGCAGCAGGAAGCUACGCCGUGGCCGAGUACUACAUCUUCAGCUCGUUUACCAUGAACUAUGAUGGGAAGAAAAUGCCGGUCAAGAAGCUAGGCCCGCGUGCUUGGCUUGGCGUAGCCGUUGUCUUCACGGAGGUGCUGGUGAUUUACAAACACGGUCAAGGAAUGUUCACAGAGCCUUUUCCACUCUACGUCAAGCUCAUCUGGGCAGCCAUCUUUGCUGUUGUCGUUGUUGGUUCCACCAUUUACUUUGCAUUCUUCAACAAGCCGCUUGAUGACGAGAAGAAGAUGCAGUGA